AGUGAAGAGAAAGAAGAUGGCUAUGGAAGUAGCAACACCUGCUCCGGCACCGAUCACCGCACCGGAGAUAAAGAUCGUCGUGGGGCCUGCAAAGACGACCUCUGUUGAGACUCACAAGAAGAACAGGAUUCAAGUCUCCAACACCAAGAAACCUUUGUUCUUCUACGUUAAUCUCGCCAAGAGGUACAUUCAGCAACACAAUGAGGUUGAACUCUCUGCACUUGGAAUGGCAAUUACGACUGUGGUAACAAUCUCUGAGAUCUUGAAGAACAAUGGAUUAGCCACAGAGAAGAAAGUGUUGACAUCAACUGUGGGAAUGAAGGAUGAGACCAAAGGAAAGAUGGUUCAGAAAGCAAAGAUUGAGAUAGUGUUGGGGAAAUCAGACAAGUUUGACUCUUUGGUGCCACCUGUGACCAAUGGGAAGACUCCUGAGGAGGUAGCUAAAGCAGAGACGGAGGCGGCUGUUGAAGCACAAGAAGCUGCAGCUACUGAUGCAUAGGACUCUGAUCCGGUUAAGAAACACCACAUAAGAUUGAUUGUUCCAUUUUUUUUUUAUAUAUGUUCUGUUGUUUUUUUUUUCUUUGUUUCAGU